GGGCCAACUCUGUGUGGAACAUGACCCAUAGUUCCUUCCAUCUUCAGAGCAUACAUGGAGCCACUGGGUGGACAACAGGGAGGGGCCGUGUGCAGGUUCCCUGUGUUUCUUCUGGUGGCUUGCCUAAACCUACAAAUGUCACCUUCUUGUCUAUAAACAUGAAAAAUGUCCUACACUGGAAUCCUCCAGAAAAUCUACAAGGAGUUGAAGUUACAUACACUGUGCAGUAUUUCAUAUAUGGGCAAAAGAGAUGGCUGAAUAAACCUGAAUGCAAGAAUAUCAGUAGGACCUACUGUGAUCUUUCUGAUGAAACAUCUGACUAUGAACACCAAUAUUAUGCCAAAGUAAAGGCCAUUUGGGAAACAAACUGUUCCAAAUGGACUGAAACUGGAAGAUUCUAUCCUUUUUUAGAAACACAAAUUGGUCCCCCAGAGAUUGCCCUAACUACUGACGAGAAGUCCAUUUCUAUUGUCCUGACGGCUCCAGACAAAUGGAAGAGCAAUCCAGAAGACUGUACCAUUUCCAUGCGACAAAUAUACUCCAAUCUGAAGUACAACGUGUCUAUAUAUAACAUUAAAUCAAAAAGAAUGUGGUCCCAGUGUGUCACCAACCACACCCUGGUGCUCAGCUGGCUGGAGCCCAAAACUCUGUACUGCGUCCAAGUGGAGUCCUUUGUCCCAGGGCCCCUGCGUCCUGCUCAACCUUCUCAGAAACAGUGUAUCAGUACUUUGGAAGAUCCAACAUCAGCAUUGAAGGUUAAAAUUAUUUUCUGGUAUGUUCUGCCCACAUCUGUGAUCGUGUUUCUAUUUUGUGUGAUUGGCUACUCCAUCUACCGAUAUAUCCAUGUUGGCAAAGAGAAACAUCCAGAAAAUCUGAUUUUGAUUUAUGGAAAUGAACUUGACAAAAGAUUCUUUGUGCCUACUGAAAAAACCAUGAUUAACUUCAUCACCCUGAAUGUUUUGGAUGAUUCUCAAAUUCCUCAGAAGGAUAUGAUUCUACCGGACAAAAGCAAUGAUGGAUCCAAACUCAGUGAUCCUGAGCCCCUCUGGAACCCAGAGCCCCCUCCAGAGGAAGUGGAGGUGGAACACUUGGGGUAUGCCCCGCAUUUGGUGGGAAUUUCCUGUGACUCUCAGGAAAACACCAGAGCUACUUCUCUGACCCAGCAAGAGUCACUCGGCAGCACAAAAGUUACCGGCAAAGCUGUGGUUGAAUAUGAGGGUGAUAUGAGAACUGACAUUCAUGGGGGACCCAAACGUCAUCAGUUCAGCAUGCAGGAGGCUGCACCCGUACAAAGAAAAUUAUUUCAACAACAGGCAGCUUUGGCAAGCUUGGGUCCACCAACAUUAUACAGGCCUCAGCUCAGUGACUUUCGUCACCUGGCACAGGAGCACUCAGUCUCAGAAGAGGGACCAGAGGAGGAGCUGUCAACAACACUGGUUGACUGGGACCCUCGGACAGGCAGGCUGUGUAUCCCCUCCUUAUCUAGCUAUGACCAGGACCCUGUGGGCAGCGAGUAUCAUGGGUCUGAUGGUCUUGCAGAGGAGGGCCUGUUGUCCGGACUCUAUGAGGAACAGGUGCCAGACAGGCCAGAAGAAGAUGAAAACUAUCUCCUGCAAUUUAUGGAGGAAUGGGGACUGUAUGUGCAAAUGGGAAACUAACCCAAGCAAGCCUUGACUGUGCCGGACCUCUACUGUGGCAGGUAGAGGUGAAGUACCAGGGCUAAGAGAAGCAUGUUCAGAGUCCUCCGUGUAGUGAGGAUUACUGCCCUUCUCUGUGCUCCUUGCACUUGCGUGGUCCGGUCUCCUGUGUGUGUGUGGGGGGGUGCUGCUGGUGGGUCCCUCAUGC